GUGUUGGUGAUCGAGCCACGCCCACCUACAAAUAUCAGCCAGCACAAAAAUAAUGACUUCGACAUGACAUCAGUAUUAGACACAUACCUUGGGUUUCUGGACACCUCUGACAAUGCUACCGAUAAGGAGCCCCUGCCCACUCCACGUAUAGACACAGUUCUCGAGUCGUACAGACAGAAGUCCUCGAGCACUGACGACGGCAGUGGGUGUGCACUGAGACGACCUGACUAUGAAGGCCGUCUGCUUCUACUUGAAAAACAACUGACAUCCCUACUACACAAAACUAAGGCAAGUCCGUACAGAGGAAGGCAACAGAAGCAGAGGACACUAAAUGAUUCUGACUCUACCCCCAGCGCAGAGGAGGACACUACACAUGCUGACACAUUAGCGUCUUCUUCAACGUCUCGUCCUUCCAGGAGUUCUAAAGUCAACAAUAUUGCAAAACUCAGAACUACUGGUUCAACAAUUCGUCACACAAGGAAGACUUCUAGUUUAGUGAGUGUGAGAAACCAUGAUUUAAAGCGGGCCCCAAGUAAACAUGUGACUACACCUACGGAGGACCAGAGGACUAAGGAAAGAUUGCUCAAGAAUCCAGGACCAAAAACAGUGAAAUCUCAACAGGCUACACUGCAACAGGACUUGGAAAAAGAGCGUGAGAGAAGAUGGAAGGCGGAGCAAGCUGCCGAGAGACUAGUGGAGCAUGUCCAAACACUACAAACCAAACUAGCAGAUGUACAAGCUAAACACGAAUUAUGUGUAGUCCAGAACUCACGUCUCAAUUCAAAGGUGACAGGGGCGAACCAAAACAAGGCGACACUCAAGUGCCAACUCGAUGAAUUACGAGGACAGCUUGAAGAUUCAAGCACUGAGUUAGACAAAAUGCAUACACGCGAUGCUGAACAAAUGGAUCUGUUGAGGAGACUCGAGGAAAACUGUCGAAGCUUAGAGACCGAAAAGAUUAAAGAUCUGACAGAAUUGAGUUCUCGAACGAAAGAGGCUGAAAGAAGAGCAGCAGGCUGUGCGAGAGAGGUGGAGCUAUUGACGAAGAGUGUGCGACAUUUGAAGGCUCAGCUUCACCAAACUCAAGAGAUGCUGGCCAACAGAGAGAGAGAGCAUCAAAAGCAAAUGAAGAACUGCAAACCUCUGGAGAGCAAUGAGCUUCAAGAACUAAUCUCCAAAGAGGUGGCAACAGAGAGAGCUAGAAUGGAAGCUCUGGUUGAACAGUACAAGGAGAAGAUAUCUGAACACCAAAACUCUUAUCACAAUUUAGAAGACGAAUUUAGAAUGGCACUGAGAAUUGAAACAGGCCGAUUCCAAGAGUUGCAUCGGACCUACCAACAGGUGUCUGGGGAUGUAGAGUCGUCAAGGGAGACGGCUAUAGCAGCUGUACAGAAAGAGCAGAAAGCCAAUGCCAUGAUACUAGAGCUGACGUCAUUAGCGAAGGAACAGAAGGGCAGGAUUGGAGAACUGGGUAGGAGCAAGCAGGAGGCUGUCACUCAGUUCAAAGAUCGCAUCACACUACUAGAAGACCAAGUGGCCAACAAACACAAGCUUGAAGUGAAACUCCAAUCACUACAAGAGGAGAAUGGUCGCCUGUUGUCGAGGGUCCAGGCUCAGGAGUCUGUGAUUGAUGGUCUCCGAGAAGAGAGACAGUUGUGGGGGAGGGAGUUGGCUCACCAGGGAGCCACCCUCGCUCAGGAUCGGGGCAGAAUGGAGGCUCAACUUCAGGGACUCUCAGAGGAGGUCAAGUCUACGAGAGAACAACUGCAGAGGGAGAGGGAAGCAGUGAGGAUCAAAGAGAAACAGGUUGAAGACCAGCUUGGCAGUAUUCAAGAUCUCAAGCAAGCUCUCUCCAGCAAGGAACGGGAGAGCCACUCACUACAACAGGACUUACAGAGGGAGCAGCAGAGUCUGCAGCUGCAGCUGGAGCAGGAGCAAGCGGAGAACCAUGACCUGCAGGAGCAAGUUUCUGGUCUGUUGGAGCGCAAGGACUCACUCAAGGAGGAGCUGACCGACUGUCAGGAGAAACUAGAGCAAUGGAAGUCCAAAUACAGCAAGUUGAAGGUCCAGUGGGAGGAGAAGGUUGGGGUGCUGGGUGGACUGGAGGAGAGCAUGGGCAAACUGCAGGAGAGCUUCUCACAGCGAGAGGCCGCUCUGGUGAGGGAGAAGGAGGCUGCUCUGGAGGAACUGAGAUUGUGUCAGCAAAGGUUACGGACUUGUGAUGAUGCAUUCAGAGAUCAGCUGGACGCCAAGCAGAAAUCACAUGAUCAGCAUGUGACCAGGAUCAUAGCGGAGAAGGACAGAGAGAUUCAACUGGCCCAGCAAAGGGUGACGGGGGUGGAGCAUGAGAUGAGGGAGUUGCUCUCGGAGGUGGCCAGAGAGAAGAGGAACAUGGAGACAAAGUUCCAGAAGCUUCUAAGAGCAUUUCAAGAAGUCAGACUAUACUCUUCUGAUUAGCUCAUGUAGGCCGCUGCAACUUUGACUUUAGUUUCCUGUCAGGACAUUAAUUUGAUGAGGACGAGCUGCUGUCUAUUAACCGUAUCCACUAUACUAUGAAUAUAUAAUACAAUCAGGAGCGCAUGAAUAAUUAUUCAUGCACUCCUGAUAGUCUUUAUGGUUUUCUUAGAAGACCCAUGCGGCAUUAUGUAACGCAAUGAUGUCAUAAUAACAAGGUACAAAGGUCAAUAAUGAAAUAAUAGAUGAGGAAGCUGGACAGGAAACUAAAGUCAAAGUUGCAGUGGCCUUAUAUCUUCAUUUUAUCUUCACAUUGCAAUACAAUCGCAAUCAUUUCAUUAUUUAAUGAUAAUUAUUCAUUGAGUUGCACAUGCGCAGUAGCUCAGAACACGCCCACAUUUUACAUGGCAGUAAACCUCAUUGUUAAUGUUGAGACCACAUUUUUUGUGCUAAAGUUUGUUAUUUCGCUGCUGAAAUCGUCUUAACCCCAUUUUUUGUGCUAUAUAUUUUACAGGUGUUUUAUUUCGCUGCGGUGUAUGUUAUAAUUUGG